AUGCUUUGCUGCUUGGCAGAGCAAACAUCAACAUUGAUAGUAGAUGGUGCUAAAGGGUCUGGGAGAAAAAUUCCAGAUACUUUCUUCGGAGCAUUUUUUGAAGCAAUUAAGUUAAGAAUUUUAUUGCAGGAGAUCAAUCAUGCAGGGGCUGGAGGAAUCUGGGCCGAGCUAGUGAGGAACAGAGGUUUUGAAGCUGGAGGCCCGAAUGUUCCCUCAAAUAUUAGUCCUUGGACAAUUAUUGGAGAUGAUACAAACAUUCUGGUCUCAACUGAUCGAAGCUCUUGCUUUGAGCGAAACAAAGUUGCAGUACGUUUGGAUGUUUUCUGUGAUGGACCCAAAUCUUGCCCACAUGGAGGUGUUGGCAUCUCCAACCCUGGUUACUGGGGCAUGAAUAUUGAGAAAGCGCAGAAAUAUAGAGUAAUCUUCUAUGUCAAAGCACAGGGUCCAAUGGAUCUAAACGUUUCAUUUGUUGGAUCGGAGAAUGGUCAAGAGUUGGCUUCUAAAAUGUUUAGAGUUUCUGGAAGACCUCAUAUUUCAAAGUGGACCAAGAUGGAGACUAUAUUGGAAGGAAAGGCUACAAAUCAUAAUGCGAGUCUUCAAAUAACAACAACCACUAAAGGAGUUGUAUGGUUGGACCAAGUGUCAGCUAUGCCCUUAGACACAUAUAAGGGUCAUGGUUUCCGAAAGGACCUUUUUCAAAUGGUAGCAGAUUUGAAGCCAAAAUUUUUCAGAUUCCCCGGUGGGUGUUACAUUGAAGGAGAUUAUCUAAGAAAUGCAUUUAGGUGGAAAAACAGUGUUGGACCAUGGGAGGAGAGACCAGGACACUUUGGAGAUAUGUGGAAUUAUUGGACUGAUGAUGGUUUUGGUUAUUUUGAGGGCCUCCAGUUGGCUGAGGAUCUUGGUGCAUUCCCCGUCUGGGUGUUUAACAAUGGUAUCAGCCAUCAUGACGAAGUUACUACAGCUGCCAUUGCGCCUUUUGUGCAAGAAGCUCUAGACGGCCUUGAGUUUGCAAGAGGUUCUCCCAAAUCAAAAUGGGGAUCACUUAGGGCUUCCAUGGGACACCCUAAGCCAUUUGACUUGAGAUUUGUUGCUAUUGGAAAUGAAGAUUGUGGCAAGCCUAAUUAUAAGGGAAACUAUCUCAAGUUUUAUGGUGCCAUAAAACACGCUUAUCCAGAUAUUCAAAUUAUCACAAAUUGUGAUGGUUCUCAAAAGCCUUUGGAUCAUCCAGCUGAUCUCUAUGAUUUCCAUAUUUACACAACUUCCAAGGAUAUGUUUUGGAAGAAUAGCAAGUUCGAUAACGUAGCACGGUCUGGUCCAAAGGCAUUUGUUAGUGAGUAUGCUGUGUGGAGGGGAGAUGCUGGAAAUGGAACCCUUUUGUCUGCAGUGGCCGAAGCUGCAUUCCUUAUUGGACUAGAAAGAAAUAGUGACAUUGUCCAAAUGGUCAGUUAUGCACCUCUCUUUGUGAAUGCAAAUAACAGGAGGUGGACACCGGAUGCAAUUGUAUUUGACUCUUACCGGCAUUAUGAAACCCCUAGUUAUUGGCUUCAACGUCUUUUCACUACUUCAAGUGGAGCCACUUUGCUUAAUUCAACACUUGAAACUUCUUCUGAUCGAAUUGUUGCAUCAGCAAUUGAGUACACAAAUACUGCAGAUAAGAAGAAUUACUUGAGAAUGAAGGUGGUAAACUUUGGAAGUGACCCAGAAAACUUGAGAUUUUUUGUUAGUGGGUUGAAUGUCCAGCCAUCUGGAGCAACAAAGACAGUGCUCACGGGGCCUAACGUGAGAGAAGAGAAUUCCUUUGAAGAACCAAACAAGAUUGCACUACAACAAACUUCACUUCAUCAUGCCAGCGGAAAUGUGAAUGUUGUACUUGCUCCUUAUUCAGUAACAUCAUUCGAUUUAUUAUUAAAGUAGACAAUAUGUAGAGAGCUCUUAAUUAGAGAUGUUCUUUUUGUUA